AUGAUGAUCCUUCCCCGUGAGGUACUUUUGGAAAUUUCCAAGUGGCUUUCCCUGGAAGAACGCAUGACGCGCCUUGCACCAGUGUGCAAAUAUCUUUACAACGUUAUGCACGAUCCUAGUGUUUGGCGAACUGUUUAUUCGGAUGCUGAAUUUACCAUUUCCUCGUUUAAUUGUCAAUUCAGACAUGAUAAAGAUUUACGGCACGUAGGCUUAAGUCAUUCCUAAAGGUUACUAACGUUUAUUUCUGAUGAGUUUUUGAUAGAAAAUACUUAACUGAAUUGUACCAAUUUGAUAUCUUGGGAUCUUGAACACAAUACUUCGAUUUUUUCGCUUCACUUUGUGCAACGCAUGUCAAGUUUAAAGUAUCUUGAUAAAACAAAUUGCCAAAAUACAACUAUAGAAAGUCUUGUACGUUCUCUUUACAAGAAAAAAACAAUAGAAAUAUUACACAUGACAAAUUGUUUUCAAGUAAGUGGAAACGCCUUGGUUACUGCGGCUAAAUCUCUUCCAAGCGUUAGAAUUUUUGAGGCAGGUGGCUGUGAAAGAUCAAGCCCAAGAAAUUUUGGAAACUUAUACACUCUCGCAAUUUUCUUUUUCUCCUGAAAGACCUUCGGCUAUGUGGGAACGAUUUCUAGCGGAUUAUAAAUACAUCCAGUUUGAUGGUAUUAUUAAAGUACAUAGAAACUAAUAACGAACAUGGUAGCGUUCUAAUUAAUUGAAGUACUGAAUGUUAAUUUGACGUGAAAAGGAGUUAAAUUUACAAUGAAAUGUUAAAACAAUGGCAAUCUGCUUUUAUUUCAGUGUUAAGGAACAAUAAAGAUGGAGAUAGUUCUCGCCAUGGCUCGGUUCAUGACGUUGGUGUUGGAGCUCUCACCCGUUAAGAAACGGAUUUUAAAUCUCUAAAUCAAGCUGAGAAGCUUAACAUUAUUGAUAACCAUUUCCGACCAGCCGAGGAUUAUGUUUUCCCUAAAUUGUCCACGAAUGGUUGUAACUGAUCAUUCCAACGAUCGUAGCAGCAAUGUUAUCAUUGGCUUGUUUACAGUAAAGAAUGUAAAUGCGGUUUCUGUUUCCCAUGCAUUUUGUUUGCCAAACGCGAGAACCUAGGUACCCUGGUUAAGGCCCCGUUUAAUCAGUGGAAAAAGGUAACCAAAGUGUGUGGUGAACACGAGAAACAAUACUACCACGUUGAUGCUAUGGUUGCUUACGACAGUUUCCUUGCAACUAGUCGACGCCCAGAAAAAAAUAUCCUAGACCAAAUUGAAAGAGAACGUAGCAACACAAUUAAGAGAAACAGAGCAAUUAUGAAAAGCGUUCCAAAGUGCGUCCACCUUUGUGGACGCCAAUGCAUUGCUUUAAGAGGUCAUAUAGGUGAUACCACUGGUAGUGAAGACGUAGAUAGGGGUAAUUUCCUUGCCUUGCUGGAAUUUCGAGUUGAUGCUGGCGACGAAAUAUUGAAGAAUCAUCUUGCAACAUGCCGCGCGACUGCCAGAUAUUCCAGCAAAACUAUUCAAAAUCAGAUCAUAGCACUAAUCGGGGACCACAUAAAGGAUUCCAUUAUUCGUGAAAUCAAAGAAGUAAAGUACUUUUCAAUUCUGUGCGACGAAAUGAUUGACAACUCCAACCUUGAGCAGCUGUCAUUUUUCUUAAGGUUCGUUAACAGACUCUAAGAUUCGUGAAGAGUUUUUAGACUUCCAGUCUACGGAAAGAAUAACUGGAGAUGUGAUCUCGCAAUUGAUCCUAGGGAAACUCCAGCAGUAGGGCCUGGAUAUUUCCCUCUACCAAGGUCAAGAUUACGACAGUUCUUCAAACAUGUCCUCCCAAGCUAGAGGUGUACAAGGCUUAAUUUCCAGGAAAACCCCACAGCCUUGUGCGUACACUGCGAUUUGUAUGUCCUUAAUCUCGUUAUCGUAAAGGCAUUGCCAUUAGUUCGAAAAAGUGAUAAGCCUGGAUCAGCCAGAGUCUCAAGGAACCAAGAUUUGCGACCUUUGCCGUGAUCGUUGGGUGGAGCAUUACGAAGCGCAUGACACUUUUGUCCAGUUACUUCUAUCAGUUGUUAAAACGUUUGUGGUCAUUUUAGAUGAACAGCAACAUCAAAAAUACAGCACUGAUACCCCUUGGAACUGGGACAAAGAAACCCUCCAAAGAGCAAACGGCUGCUACCAUACCUUUUGUUUUCUCCAGUUCCUCAUGUCCUUGACGGUCACGAUGAAUAUUCUCGCAGUCAUAAAGCCGAUUAGCGUAAAGCUACAAAAAAAGUCUAAUGACAAUGUUAAAGCCUACAAUAUGAUUUCGGAGAAGGAGUUGAAAGAAUUGCGAGACAAGAAUGAUGUCUUCAAAAGAUGGUACGCAUAUGCUGUGGAGAUCAAUUCAGAGCUGGGAACAGAACCAAGCGCUCUAAGAACGGUGUCAAGACAGCAGCAUAGGGCAAAUGCACCCCAUGACACAGCUGAGGAAUAUUACCGCCACAAUCUGUUCAUUCCAUUCCUUAACCAUAUCACACAAGAAAUGCUUCAAGGUAAUCCAUAUAAAUUAUCAAACUUUCGGCUGUUUACUUAA